ACUUUGAUCAUAUCCUCAUGAAAAUAAAAAUCCUCACACAAUGGAGUCGAAUCUUUCACCCGAUUUUCGAAAAUGGAUAAGAAAAUGUCUCUCCGAGGAAUUCAAGGAAACGAUCGACCGGAAGUUGGAAACGGACAACUCGAUCGAAGUGGCCCAAAGAAUCAUCGACUCCCAGGAGAUGACGGAUCUCCUGAAAUUUAUAAAAACGACCCUAAGUGAGCAAAAAUCUCGACCUGGAUCAGCAUUUCCGAAUUCGAGGCCAAACACCUCGAUUUCCUGUGUCAGUGAUUUUUCCGGAGACGAGUGGCUUUCCCCAAAAGGCACUACUGAUCGCUACAGCCUCCUGGUGGAUAAAAUCGAUCAGAAUAAUCCAGUUCAUGUUCGAUUAGCCGGAUACGAAGCGCUUUUGAGAAGCGAAUUGAGCGGGAUUUUCAGCAUCAGAUCUUGGGAGGAUUUUUUAAAAACUCUCCGAGAUGGAAUCGGGGACGAGAGUCGACCAGUUUUUGAAGCGAGUUUACAGCUUCAUGCGAAACUUUUGAGUUCUCAGCAACCUUUCGAAAUUUAUCUGAACCUGAUGAGGGCUUUUAAUGAACAGUAUGAGUCUAGAAAAAUCCAAGAUGUCCUGCCAACUGUCAUUUCCGGGGUGAAUUUUAAAAUCUUCUUGCACGAGAAAUUAAUUAGAAUUAUGCAGUUGAUUCUUCGGCAUCAGGAGGAAGUUUUAAGGGGAAUUCGAGGCGCUGAUAAGAAUUUGGAUGAUAUGAUUGAACAGUUUGUGGUGUUCCUGAGUUCAGGAAAUUUGGGAAGUGCAGUUCUUCAGGUGAAAGCCCUAACCCCGUUGAACAUCCUUUCAAUUCUCGAGCCAGAAGCUUCCUGGAGUGGAAAAUGGGUCCACAGUCUCGUGACAAGAAAAUAUUUUUGCAACGCCUUAUCAAAAUUUCCUCCCCUUCUUCAAACCAUCAUCCAAAUAUCAAUCAAAGGAUUGGCAGAUCCCCCAUCAGCGGUUUCACUUUCAGUUUCCGAUGACCCCGGUGAAGUUUUCAUAUCCGGGGAAACAGUCGAAACAAUGACCUAUCUUCAUUCCCUGACUCUUCUGACUCAAAUUUCGAGCUAUUCAUCAGGUCGUGCCUUACUCUCAGAAAACCAGAUGGAAAAUCCUUUCCAGGUGACCGAUUUUUUAAUAUCCUUGUUGACCUCUCUCAACAACCUCGCUUCUUCAGAAACAUUCAGAAAAAAUGUGAUUUAUGAGGUUUCGAGAAAGGCCCUUCGCUACAUUCUUGAUAAACCUUCAAUUCUCUACGACGCGAGAUUUUAUCACAUCGCUUUCAAUCCUCUGAUGAGUUCUCGAGAAAAAAGGAUUUAUCAUCACACCUUGGAUGUGGCGAUGCACAUGUUGGAUACGGCUGAUGGGAAAAAUUUUAUGGGAUCGGAAAAUCGGGUAGGAUCUGCUGAUUCUAAAGAAGUGAAUCAUUAUCCUGCUGUUGCUGUUUUGGAACACACGUCGGAUUUGAUGAGGCGACCCUUAUCGGUUAUGAAUGUGGAAAUUGUUGCUGAGCUUCUGAGAUACAUUGGAAGACUCCUGAGGAUUUAUGAAGUUUAUGAAAUCACCCAGGAGACGAUGGAUACGAAAUUUUUUCCGGCAGUUUCCUAUUUUUACGGCAAGUUGGACAAAUAUGCGGUGGAAAAUGAAAACAAGACACAAUUUCUUAACAGUGCAGCAAAGGACAUGUUAUUGAAGAUCGUUUCGAUGCCUCUGGGCUUGCAAAUUCUUUCUCGUGAACCUCUUAUUUUUGAAGAAUUAAUAAGAGGCUCGAUAGGACCUCUUCGUGCUUCCUGGAGUUCCUGUGACCUCGUUUCCUUUAUAUCCAGCUGUGGAAAUUUUUCUCUUGGUGUGGAAAUUCUUUCUGAUUUGGCUCCUCAUGUUCUUUCGACUCUGAUAACAGAACUCUGCAAAAUCUUGGAGGAUCCCCAAAGAUUUCACGAUCCGUGGGAUGAUCAAGAUGUGGGGACAUUUCUUCAUGUUCUGGCUUUGUUUUCUCUAAACACUAAUUGUUUUAGAGCAUUCAUGACUAAUUCGGAUGAAAAAACAGAGGAUGAAAACACUUAUCCUUUGAAUUUGAACGAACUCUUACAACACUCGAUCAAUUCUGAUUCUCAGUACCAUUACCUGAGUCUUCUUUCCCUAAGAACCAUGAUCUGGAAUCUUGAUAUCUUCAUCUCCUUAUCCAACUUUUUAAAUAUGGAGGAGGAACUUUUAAAACUCCAGGAAUUCUGCAUUAUUGAAGAUGAAGAAGACGAUGAAGAUCUUGAAGAACAAGAAAAAUAUGUAGUUGACGAGUCUAGUUUACUUCGUCAUCGGAUUUUAUCAGAUUCUUAUUACGUGAGACACAAACGAUUUGAAUACAUCGCGAAAGCAGAAGACUGUCUUCUAUUUUCCCGAAUUCCUCCACCUCAGGGACCGGAAGAAGGAUUUGUUUCAACUUCUUCAGAGUCGGAACUAGAAAAUUUUUUGCAAGAAAAUAUUCCUGGUCUGAGAGACUUUGGAUGGGUUUCUCAAGCUAGAAAAGCUUUCAAGAAUUCCGGCGGUCCAAUGAAGAGCAGCGUGGUCCUGAAUUUACUCGACCAGAUGCAAAAAGCAAUUCCAAAUGUCGAAUGGGUAGACCAGUUUACAUGGGAAACAAACGAUUACAAAGAAAAUUACUGGCUUCCGGAAGAUAUUAAAGGAAUCGAUUUAGUUCUUCGCUACGCAGAAUUGAACGAAUCAGUCGAAAAUGUAGAAGAAGCUAGAGAAAAUUUGAAAAUCUUUAUUCAAUCUGCACAUGGAUUUGUAAAAUUCGAAAAACCUCUGGAAUUUCAAGGAUUUGAUUGGUUUCUCGCAACGAUCUUCAUUAUCUGCAAUUGUGAUUUAGAGAAAUCUAAAACUUUCGUGAUGCAAAUCGUUCGUUUCCCGUCUGCAAUUUUCAUCUGGCCGGCCCUAGCUGAAGUAGUGGAUCGAAGCAAUAAAGAAGAGGCCACAACAAGACUGCUGCUUUCACAUCUUUUGGAAUUUGUAAUGAGCAAAGAAUUCGCGACAAUAAAAUACGCGAUGAAGAGCAAAUGCGGCGUCGAUUGGUGGAUGAUCUGCGAGAGACUAACUUCCCAAUCUUUUUGGGGAAUUCUUCCCUGGGAUGAAAUCGUCCAUUUCUUCUCAAUUUGUAUUCUUUAUCCUCCAGAUUAUAUUAUUUAUUACUGCGCUUCACUACUAAAUCACUGCCAAAACGAUUUUAUGCAAAGUAUGAUAAAUGGAAAAAUGUGGCCGGAAUACAUGAUUCUAGAAGAUUACCGUUGUCACAGUCAAAUUGGAUACAUGGACAGAUUGGGCAAACGGUACAGCGGCAAACUUCUUCCCAUUCUUUCACAACGGAAAAUCAAUUUUCCCGAGCCGAAUCACUUUUAAAAUUCACCAGAAUUAUGUGGAAAUAUA